GAAAUUAUACAAUCAGUAUAAUUUGAUGAUGAAGAAGUGCGUGUUACUAUUUUAGUUGGUACAGUUUACAACCCGUAGGUAACUUACUUGGAACUAGGUCAGCAAGAGGAUUCGUCGUAAAAACAUCAUGGAGGAAACGUCGUGUGAACACUGACUUUAAACAACGAUUUUGCUGUUAUUCUUGGAUUAAACACAUGGAAUUCUUUCCGAUGUUUAAACACUGACCAUGGGGGUAGCUGACCAAUACUGGGGCAACCUCCUAAUCCUGAGCUGCUUUGUAGUGUUACAUGUCAUUGGUAAUGAUGAAAGCGAAAUAGUCCUGACCAAUACCUAUCAGAGAGGCACCAAGUUAUGUAAACCAGUCUUCAACUGUCACAAAGGGGAGCAGAUUAAGGAGUGUGUAAGCAGUCUGUUGCCGGAGACCUGUGAGAAAUGUCCUGAAGGUCUAAAACAACCUGAUCUUAUUUCAUCCGUCCUAAAACAGGACAGUCUCCGCAAGUGCUUCGAGCUUAAGGAGGCCAGAUGCUCCACAAGAGACACCGUAGCAGGCACGGGAGAAAGACGGGCAAAUAUUUUGUGCCAAGUACUGCAAGUGUGACAUAACAAAAUGUUUCUGGGGAGAAACUUCGUGUGAAUGUGAAAAGAAGAAAGAAGGCUGUCCACCAAAUUUUCAGCUAAAUGGAAUAACUGGAGAAUGCGAGGCUUGUCCCAACUUAACCUAUAAACACGGUAACCAGUGUGGUCCGUGUGAGUACAAUGAAACCGCCUUCAAUAUUUAUGUGAAUGAUAAUAUUGCUGGUACUACUCUUACUCCAAAACCUACAACGCAAGCACCUACUACACCCAAGGUCAAACUCACAAGUAAGUAACCAGUACCUACUACACCCAAGGUCAAACUCACAAGUAAGUAACCAGUACCUACUACACCCAAGGUGAAAAUCACAAGUAAGUAACCAGUACCUAUAGCUACUACACCCAAGGUCAAACUCACAACUACACCAAAACCAGCUACUACUACACUCAAAGGUGGUGGUCAAAAUAACACGGAGAAAGAGGGACUUUCGCCUGUCGCUAUUAUAAUUAUAGCUGUUUUGUUGAUUGUCCUACUGAUCCUAGUUGGGCUUCUGUUGAUCCUCUUCUGUUGCUGGAGAGGCCGCAAAUGUAAAGAGAUUCUAAAAAGACCAUUAUUUGGCAAUGGCCAAGCGAAUGGCCAAGCGAAUGGCCAUGCGAACGGCAUCAAUAGGAAUAUACAAGUUGAUGAAAAGCUGUAUGAGGAGAUGGGCGCUCUCACAACCUCUAAUGGUCACGCUAUUGGAUGUGAGCAGGAACCAUUGGUGCCGCCGGAACCUCCUCCGCAUCACAACCAUUCACCAAUCAGGGCCUCCAGCCAAGCACCCCCAUUACCAGCUCAAUGGUCGCCGCCCAUCAGCAGCGGCUACAUGAGUGCUUUUGGAAAUGGCCAGGAUAACUUGAGAGUGAAGUUACCACGACAGAUCUCUCAUCCUGUCCAGGACACCACGCCACACACUCCUGGCAGUGGUGGCAGUGCUAGCCUUACUGACAACUUGGAGGCUAUGCAUUAUUAUCCGUCAGAGAGUUAUCUGUGUCCGGGACCUGGGAUCAGCCAACAGCCAAUUCAUGCUGGGGAUGAUCGUAUAUCUGACGGCAUCGACACAAACGUCAAACAGCAGUCUUCACCAAUUCUCUGUACUGAAGACAACAACAUCCUCCCUAACUUCCCAACAAGCCCAACAAACAUGUCCACCGAAGAGUUCCUUCAUCAACACCGUGGCUAUUUUCAGCCAGGUGCUGGUGCUCUGGAGCACGGUGAAAAUACGGCCAAGGAGAACGAGGAAGAAACACUGCCGAAACAGGGCAACCAAUCUGCUAACUCUUCUCUACAGAAAACAGAAAAUGACCAUUUUGUUUCAUUGAAUCAGGGCACGGAUAAGAAGCACCUGAUGCCUACCUACACGGAGGUGGACAAACAUGCUGUAAAAGACUGUAUGGAGGACAAAUCUAAAGGUGGAGCUAAUUAUAUUGGUGAUGCUAAAUUUUCACCUAGUUACGUUGACAUGGAGAAAAAACCAGACACUUUUGUCGACAAAGAUGCUUACCAAGAUGAGGCAUAUGAGAGUGUUGGCCCGUCUAAUGUUACAAAUAUGACGAAAGACUCCAAGGACAAUUCUAUAGCAUCAAAUCACUCGAAUGACGCGUCUGGCAAGAGCUGACAGCCAGAACCACAGGCUUGAGGGUACAGAUUAUGGAGGAAGCUCUAUAUAUACAACCAGCAGACUAAAAGACUUCUUCUCAUGAAGAACUGUCAUCUCUUUGACACAUGAUUGUGCAAUGUACUAGGAAUAUGUAGUAAGUGUUUCAUUGAGAAAGAUAGCUGAUAGCCAAGAAUCGGGCAUAGAAACACACUCCAUCACUUGACCUACAAACAGCCUGUGGAGCUCUCUUUCUGCUUAUCUGUAAUCAUAGAUCUAAGUGCUAAGAUUCGUUCUCACUUGACCUCAUCUGGAAGUGGUUGAUUGGCCUGUAGCUUCGCAAUAGACUGUAUAUUUUACUUGGUCUUUUGGCCAAUUAACAGUCGGCUUGGGUCAUUUUAAGGCAGAGUCUCAUUGUAGUAGCUGGUGGCUACCUCACUGGACAACACAUGAGAGAUCAGUCAAAUGCCAUCCAAACCAAAUAGGGGUAAAGUGUCUUGCCCACAGACACAACCGGGCUAGUACAGGGCGGUCUGGGAUCUCGGCUUCAUGAGAAAAGCAAAUUGCCCUGCAAAGAUCAGAGGUCGAUAUAUGUGCUGAUCAGGAUGUUUGGUGCAAUUUCUGUUCAGCUUGACAUCUACAAGCAACAAACUUGUAAUGUCAAGUUGUAUCUAUUUUUCUGUCAGUAAGAUGUUUCCUGUUUUUAUACUAUGUAUAAAAUAACACAUUGGGUUAG